AUGAUGGUGACCUGCGCAGUGACCCUGCGUAAAAAACACUUUUAUUUUACCCUAUUCAGAGGACGGUUACACAAGACCUUAUACAAGACCAUCGGGAUACAAGGUAGAUCACAGUACAUCAUGGCCGCCAACUUGUGUCGAGUGUCUGGCCGGAGCCUUCUAAAGGUCCAAAAUGUGGUCACUCCGGCAAAAGCCAACAUGUCGUCAUUUUCCAAGAUGUCAACAGGCAAGAAAGUGCUGUUUGGCACCCUGGGAGCGGUGACGGCAGGCGGGGCAGGGUUGCUGGGUGCCCUGCACUACUCCACAACCGUCCAUGCAGGGGAACUGGAGCUGCACCCGCCCAAGUUCCCCUGGAGCCACAACGGCCUGUUCAACGCACUGGACCAUGCUAGUAUCCGCCGAGGCUACCAGGUGUACAAGGAAGUGUGCGCUGCCUGCCACUCCAUGCAGUACCUGGCCUUCAGAAACCUUGUAGGUGUCUCUCACACUGAGGAGGAGGCCAAGGCACUCGCUGAGGAGAUCGAGGUGCUUGAUGGCCCAGAUGAGGAGGGAGAGAUGUUCAUGCGACCAGGGAAGCUGUCCGACUACUUCCCACGACCCUACGCCAACGAGGAGGCAGCGCGAGCUGCAAACAACGGAGCGUACCCCCCAGAUCUGAGCUACAUCAUUCUGGCCAGACACGGAGGAGAGGACUAUGUGUUCUCCCUCCUGACGGGGUACUGUGAUGCCCCAGCUGGGAAGGAGCUGAGAGACGGACAGUACUACAACCCUUACUUCCCAGGACAGGCCAUCUCUAUGGCACAGGCACUGUACAACGAGAUCAUCGAGUAUGAGGAUGGCACCCCAGCCACUCAGAGCCAGUUGGCUAAGGAUGUGUGCACCUUCCUCCGGUGGGCGUCCGAACCUGAGCACGAUCAACGCAAGAGAAUGGGUCUCAAGGCUCUGAUGAUCGCCAGCAUGGUCAUCGCCUUCUUCUACUACCUCAAGCGCCACAAGUGGUCUGUGCUGAAGAGCAGGAAGAUAGCCUACCGCCCCCCACAAUAACCCAGCCCUCCUCCAUAGCACACAUAACAAGGACCACAGAGUCACACACAAAAUAUAUACACAUCUUUAUCUGGACAAAGGAGGGAGACGUUUUACCAUAGAAUUCGCUACGAUUAAUCUUCAAUACUUUAUAAUAAAAGCAGCUGUUGCUUUAAUGUAGUCUGUUUUAAGUGUUGAAAAACAAUGUGAAGUGUUUAAAAAAUGAAUACUGCCUGUCAUGAAAAAGGAUUUAACAUCUGUAACCCCUCUUUUGUAGUUUAUACUAUUCGGCAUGCACACGACCAAAAACAACUUGUAUGAAAAAGCUCAACUCUUGUAUAGUUUGUCACAUUUGAGGGCCUGAAAACACUGAGGUUCUGGGAAUGACUUCUGUAAUAAAGGUGUGAAAGAAUCAACAUUAAACAUCCCUCUUACAUGUUUUCA